AUGGCACCACGACGUGCUCAAUCGGCUACGGGAGACAACAGGGUUCCCAAUCAAGUUCCGCCACCGAGUGCGUGUGUGGAGGAGUUGAGGGACGAAUUCCGACGCUUCCAAGAGGUAGUGCUGCAACGCUUGGAGGCACUCACUCCACCUCCACCCCCAGCAGGAAAUCAUGGACCAAGGGGGGAGGAACUGCCUCCACCACCAACUGCACUACCGACAGCAGGUGACUACCUGCCUAUCAUCCGGGAGCUGCGAGCCAUGCAUACCCCGCGGUUCGAAGGAUUGUUGAACCCGAAUGCGGCAGAGGAAUGGCUUCUGCGCUUUAUGCAAGAUCUGGAAGAGGAGUUCGAGAGGAAAUACUACCGGCGGAAGGACGAAGAACGCCGCCUUUCUGAGUUCUUGUACCUACAACAGGGGAAUCGGACUGUGAGGGAGUACGAAGCUGAAUUCGUACGUCUGUUGAACUAUGCGGCACAUUUGGUACCCCGAGAGCACCCGAAGAUCCAAAAGUUCGUCACGGGACUGCGACCCUCACAUCGCUGGAGAGUCACGCUUCACGAGUUCUGGACCCUAGGUCAUUGCAUUGAGCAGCUGGAGAAGGCGGAGGAAGCAGAAAAGGAGGAGAGAGAUAGCAUGUUUCGUGACCGGAGUCCUCCCAAACGCCACCAUUACACACGUCGGGCGGGGAAGACCGGUCAAGCUGGUUCGAGCAGCCGAGUGCAAGACAAAGGCAAGACGCCAGCCGUUCAGGCACUACCUCCACCACCCCCAGGAGGACCGCUGAUCUGUUACCGAUGCGACCAGCCAGGACACAUUGCGAUACGAUGCCCUGCGAGGACAACGGGGCCACCGGCCCAGGCAGAUAGACCACCACGAUCUCUAGCAAGGACGGGAGCAGCCCCGAGAGUCUAUGCCCUCGGUACUGAACAGGAGAUCCCGGAGGAGGAGGAGGCUCAGCCUGAGGAAGCCGAGGUCGCCGCGAUUGCAUGUACUUUACAUCACUACGGGGUUGCCUGUUAUACGUUGUUUGAUACCGGGGCAACCCAUAGUUUCUUGGAUACAAGAGUAGCAGAGAGACUUGAAGGGGGAGAAAUAGAGCCAAUGAAGGAUUUCAUCGUACGCGUACCUUUUGGAGAGACGCUAACGGUGUGCGGAAUCCUACGAGAUGUACCUCUUGAGGUUUGCGGUCGCCUAUUGACCGCAGAUCUUAUUGUGGUACCCAUAAGAGGGUUCGACGUGAUAUUAGGCAUGGAUUGGCUGAUGAAAUAUCAAGCCUAUAUCGAUUGUCCCCAAAGGACAAUCUGGUUCGCGACCGACCUUGGAGGAUUCGAGUUUAGAGGCAGAGGAGCGCGAGCGACAAAUCCGAUGAUAUGA